GUUCUCUCACUACAAAAAUACUCUUUAGCUUAUAAAAUCAAUCGAGUUAUCAAUGGCCUCAACAAAAUCCUUCACCAUAACUUUACUUUUUGUUGUAGCAAUGUCAAGCAUGAGUCUAGAAGCUCGCAAUCUUUUGCAAGCAACCUCACAAUCCAAUUUGCCUAGCAUUCCCACUUUACCAAAACCCACAACAACAUUGCCACCUUUACCUCCAAUUCCAACAUUUCCUCAAGGAGGAAAUCUUCCACCAUUGCCAAUGCCAACUACCAUUCCAUCUCUUCCUAAACUCACUAUGCCACCACUUGCUACCUUUCCUACCAAUAUUCCAUCUCUCAACAUUCCACCAUUGCCAACAGUCACUUCACUUCCCAACAUUCCAACCUCAAUCCCAACCACUUUCCCCUCCAUCCCAUUUUUCUCCCCACCACCUUCUUCAACAUCUAGCCCUUAAACACUUCUUCAUUUAUUAUCUUUGCAUCCAAUAGACAUUGCAUCAUUUCUUUUUUGUGUGUGAUUAAAUUGUACUAGGUUGUAAUAUUAUUGGUAUAUUUAUUGUAUUGUAUGGUGUGAAAAGGUAUGUAUUACUAUGGUGUGAAAAAGUAUGUAUUACUAUUGUUUGUAUUUUUAUAUUUAUAAUAUGAGGGCUGCUAU